AUUACUGGCAAAUAUAUAUAGUGUUACACGAUAGUUUAUAUGAUUCAUGGGAUUAUAUAGAGUGGGAGGGAUAAGUCUUCCUAAAAAAAAAUUACUUAGCUAUUGUUAUUCGACUAUUGCAUUGGCUACAAAGACUUCAGUACCUUCACACUCAACUACACAUUCACCUUCUCCUUUCCAUUAUCGUCCUCGAGAUCAGAGUGACAUAUUGAAUUCCAAUCCGUUUGAUUUAAUUUUGGAUGAAAAGAAUGAUAGUACACGAGUUAAUAAACGAACUAUAAAUGAAUAUAUAAUAAUCAAUAACUUUUUGCAAUCAGUAUUUAAUGAUGAUUUCGGAAGAUCUCGAAUAAUAUUAAAUAAGUUAUCGUCUCGAAUAAGAGAUUCUGGUUUAGUUAAUUAUUACUCCUGUAUGGCCUUAUUGGUAUCACAUUUACUUUCUGAUUCCAAUAAUUUAACCAUACAAAAUAUAAAGAUUCUUAUAGAUGAACUCGAUUAUAUGCAUAAAAAAAAUGAUGAACAUUUAUAUCCAACAAAAGAAAUAGUUGGACUUGAAGAUCAGAUUAAGAUUAAACUAAUUAAAUGUUUACUAUACUGCUUCCAUGAUGCAUCUCAAAAAAGAAAUAAACAAAAUAUCCUUAUUUCAAUUGCUGAAUAUAUCUAUACCAAUAUGCAAAAAUAUUCAUUACUUAAGAAUCAGGAAUUGAUAGAUGAGUUAAAUAAUCGUAAAUUACUUGAAAGUUAUAUACAUAUAUUAAGAAUAAUGGGAAUCCCCAUAGCUCCUGCAUUGAUGAAACAAUUAAACUUAUACAUUAAUGAGAUAGAAGCAGUUAAUGCUGAUGAUGAUAAAGAAACCGUAGCUAUUGAAUCCUAUAUGGAUGAUUAUGGAUACAUGAAUCUCAGUAGGUUAUGCCAAUAUAUCACAGACAGUCGUUUUACGAAAUACGAUAAAGACGAAUACAAAAAUACUCCACAUAUGUUUGAAAUAUACGAAGACUUAGUUCAAAAGGAUCCCAACCAGGCAGAAAUCUUUUAUCAGGAAUAUAUCGAUUAUAAUAAAAGUCGAGAAUUAAAUAUUGAAAACAGUGCACGAUUCUUAAUGGAGAAUAUGAAUAUCAUUGGCAACAAUUCUAAGAAAAAGUCUGUUAGUUCAAAUUUGCAAGACCUUAGUUUGGGUGGCUUUAGUACUUCACAUUCAGCUCUCUUAACUAAAUGGCUUGAUGAUAGUGUGAAAUUAGUAAUUGAUAUGGUGAAAAGGGUUCAAGCUUAUGAAGAUGAUUCUAGGAAAAAGGAAGAAUUGACAGAAGAUGAAAUAACCGUAUUAAGAUCAAUAGCUAUUAUGAAUAUUGUACCUAAACGAUCAUUAAUGUUAAUGCUAAUAUCAAGUCUAUUAUCUCGCAUAAUGAUAUCUGAAACAGGAUCUAUUUAUCUCCUGACCAUUACUGAAGAUUUCUCAAGAACUUUUAAAUGGUUUUUAUGGAAGGAGAAAUCCCUUAUACCAGUAAGAAAUGAAUUACAUAGAUUUUUAAAGGAUGGUUAUGAAUCUCAUCAAUUAUUUAUUGUACUAUUAAAACUUGUUAUUGAUACUUGUACAAUCCAAUUAACACCUGAUCAACUUAAUGAUUUACAAAUGAAUUGUGACUUAUUAAAUAAUCCUAUGCGAUCAGAAUUUAAACCUAAUGAAAAUGGUACAUCACCUGCAUUCUUUCAUAGAGUAGUUAGGAUUGAUAGUUUAAAGACUACAGGAAUUAUUGAAAUCCAUCCUUAUCUAUUUGGACAAUUGAAGCAUUACAGCUUUAUAACAAGAACAAAUUAUUAUUAUUUCCCCAUGAUUUAUCCUCCUAGACCAUGGGUGGCACCAGAUGAUGGAGCUUAUUUACUUAAUUUUAAAUCUAUAGUUGCUACUACAGAAAUCAAAACUUCUUUGGCAUAUUUGAAUAGAGCUCAUAAAACAAAUCAACUUGAAUCAAUUUAUAAUGGUCUUAAUGAUUUAGGUAAAGUUGCAUGGGCAAUUAAUCCCAAAGUAUUACAAGUCUUUAAAGAUAUUAUGACAAAAGAAGUAGGAUUUAUGAAAAUCCCUCCCUCAAUUGAGAAACUAAAUCAUAAAGAUAAAGCAUAUCAUGAAAAUAGAAAUAGAAGAAUUGAAAUGGAAACUUUACUUAAUGUUGCCCAAGCAUUUGGAAAUAAUGGUGAUAUAAUAUUUUCACCUCAUAAUGUUGAUUUUAGAGGUAGAGCAUAUCCUAUGAGUUCAUUUUUAAAUCAUUAUAAUGAUGAUUUAACUAGAGGUUUAUUAAUGUUUUGGAAGAGUGAACCAUUGGGAUCUGAAGGAUUUGAUUGGUUGAAAUGCCAAUUGGCGGAUUUUAUAGGUAAGGAUAAAUUAACUAGAAUUGAAAAGAUUCAAUUCAUUAAUGAUAAUUGGGAGAAGAUUAUGGAUUGUGCCAAGAGUCCAUUAACUGGUGGUCAUAAGAUUUGGAUGGAUGCUGAUGAUCCAUUUCAAGCCCUUGCAUUAUGUUUUGAAAUGCAUACUAUUGAUAAGUUCUUGGCUGAUGGAGGUAAUAUUGAAAACUAUAAGACGAGAAUAUCCGUCCAUCAAGAUGGUUCAUGUAAUGGACUUCAACAUUAUGCUGCAUUAGGAGCCGACAAAGAAGCAGCAUUAGCCGUUAAUAUCUUACCCCAACCUAAUCUUGAAGAUCGGGGUGAUAUCUAUACAACUAUGUUGGAUAAAGUUAAGGAACAAAUUACAUUUGAAAUUGAAAAGGAAAAGGAAAAGGAAAAGGAAAAUGAAAAUGAAAGUAAACCAACAGUGAAUAAUGAUAUAAAGACAACAGCAUUACAAAUCCUUAAUCGAAAGGUAAUUAAACAAACAGUAAUGACAUCUGUUUAUGGAGUAACGUUUGUUGGAGCUUCCAGACAAAUCAGUCAACGGAUUAAAGAAAUAUUGGAGUUACAUGAACUUCGAAUGAAAGAAGUAUCAUUAACCAAUGAGACUAUCAAUAUACUUGAAAAGCAACUGACUUCUGUAGCCAAUUAUAUCGCCAAUCAAAUAUUGAAGUCUCUUACAAGUUUAUUCAGUGGAGCUGAAGCUAUUCAGGAUUGGUUAACUAUGAAUACUAUAAGAAUAUUAAAUUCAAUUGAUUUAGAAACCAUUGAUUAUGCUCUUAAGAAUAAUUUAGCCACUUUACUGGAUAUAUUUUCAUUAAAAUCCACCUUUAAACCAAUGAUGUGGACAACAUUAUCAGGAUUCCCUGUUGUACAAUUAUAUAAAAAUACCAAAUUAACUCGAAUUUCAACUUCAUUACAACGAUUAACUAUUAAAAAGAGAGAUUCAAUUGCAUCUAUUGAUAGAAUCAAACAAAUUCGUGGAGUUGCGCCUAAUUUUAUUCAUUCAUUAGAUUCUAUUCAUAUGCUUAUGACAUGUCUUGCAGCUAAUAUUAAUCAUAUACCAUUUGUAGCAGUUCAUGAUUCAUUUUGGACUUAUCCAUCUCGAGCAACUGAAUUAGCUUCUAUAUUAAGAGAAGAAUUCAUUAGAUUACAUUCAUCAAAUAUUAUAGAACAUCUUCGUGAAGAUAUGAUUUAUACUACUCGGAAUUCUUAUCAAAUUGCUUGGUUUGAAAAGGAUGUAUAUCCUCAAUUAACUCAAGAUAUUGAACAAUUACGGUCAACUUAUAAGCUUCAAGGUGAAACUCCAUUAAAAAGUCGUAAUCGUAAUAGUAUAUUAUAUCAUGAAUUAGUUCUGUUGACUAAAGGUACAACUGAUAAUCCUUUAAAGAUGAUUGAACAAGUGAAUCCUAAAUUAUAUUUUAAACGAAUGAAAGUAUCCAAAAUGACCGAAUAUGGUUAUUCAAUGGAUGAGAACAACGACAAAUCCUUGCAUUUAAAACACUUAACUUAUGUAUUAGUACCUGUACGUAUAUUAGACUGUCCACCAAAGGGUAAACUAGACAUUACUCAAGUGAGAAACAGUCCCUAUUUCUUUUCCUAGAUAGAGAACUAAUGUAAAUAAAUAU